UGUUUACAUUUUGUUAGUUGAGCCCUAAUCGCCAAUCACUCCGGAUAUGUGUUUUAGAUUUCAAGUAGAUUAUCGGUUUUUCGAACAGUUGCAGACAUUUUUCAACAACAUCUUGCAUCUCUGGCUCUGACGGCAUUCGUAGUAAGAGUACCAAAUAUGCAGACUUUUAUUAAAUUGCAGUUUUUACAUUUUUCCUAAGAGUGUGCUUUUUUUAAAGUUUGCCUGAGUAAAUUUAUAAAGACUUUUUUCCAAAAGAAAAAUCUGGCAUCUCUGAUUUGUAGCUUUGUAGGUAUUUUUUCCUUCUGCACCAUUUAAUUCGUGUGCAGGCAGUGCGAAAAAGUAGCUCUGGUGUAGCACCAUCUCGAAAACCAAAUCGACAUUAGUUCAAGUAAAUAACAAAAUCAUUCCAUCGGCAAAGAUAAUUUGAAACACCGGUAAACGCAUACGCACGUUAUACCUGAACAAUCUGUAAACUGUUUGUACUGGAGUUUGUAACACAUAAACCAAGCGUCGGAACUGCUUGCAAGUUGAUUUUAUUAUGACGGAUUCCGAAUCCUGCCGUCUCUCCCUCAAUACAAAAAUUGAAAUGAACGACGAGACAAAUAUCGCCGUGCGGCAUCUUGACCUAUGGCCAGAAAAAGGCGAGGGUGAACCGGAGCAUGAAAUUAUAGAAGAGGAAAUAGUUGGCGAAUACUCUGCGCAUCAAGAUCAAGGUUCUGCAAGUCAGAUGAGCAGCAAAACUAUUCACACCUGGAAUGAGGAACAAACACACGUAAUGCUCGCUUUAUAUACCGAUAAACUUCGAAAUACUGGCCAAAGGAGAAGAUACAAAAGUAAAAGGGAAAUAUAUGAAAGUGUAAGCGAAGAUAUGAACACUCAGCUCGGUGUGUCGUUUAGUGCAACUCAAGUGGAGAAUCGUUUGAAAAGCCUCUCGAGAAAAAGUAAACUGCGGCCAAACAAUUAUCGGCCUAUCAAUCGAACACCGUUUGCCGAGGCAAUGGCUGAGAUCGCGAAGCUCGAUUCGUCCUACGAGCCGGAUGUUAUGAUGACUCCUACUGUUUAUAAAAGGAAGUUUAGCCCUGCUUUGAAAGUGCUUUCAAAUAAGAAGGUGAAACCAUCUGAUGACGCAGGAACCUGGGCGGACCAUUCUGAUGAAACGCCCGCAACUUCGGAUUUAUCUGCUUCCCUGGUUGUUGCAUACAGGAGAGAAACCGAGCGCAAAGCUAGAAGGGACCGGGAAAAAGCCGCCCAGCAUCAUGAGAAAAUGGAGAAGUUUGAUCAGUUACUCAAUAUUUUAGCUGAAAUAUCUGAGAAAAUGGACAAAUAAUCGAAUGUGAAUAUAAUUUUAUGCCAUAGUUUUAAA